AUGUCUUCGUGGCCGGCGGCGGUGCAGUUCGCGGACGAUGUGAGCCAGUCCUCGAGCAGCGUGUCGACGCAGGGCGACUACCAGGACGCGUGCGUGCCGCCUGCCGACGCAGCGCCGCUGCCGGAACCCAUGCGCAAGAUAUCGCUCACCCAGCUGCCCUACAUCCAGCCCGCUCGAGAACAAGACGAGCGCUGCGGCUGGUGCUGGUUCCGACCGGAUUUCCUGCUCAACCUUCGGCACCCCCGGUACGUGCUCCUGGCCCUGUGCUGCAUGGUGUUCCUGCAGGGGUUCGUGGCCAACGGGCUGGUGUACAUGGUGCUGCCCACUCUGGAGCGGCGCUUCCAGCUCAAGAGCCUCGAGGCCGGCACCAUUGUGGCCGUGUAUCACCUGGCUUCGUGCAUCUCGGCGCCGCUCGUCACGCUGAUCGCGGCGAGGCGCAGCAAGCCUUUCUACCUGGCCAUGUCGGCAAUCGUCAUCGGCAUCGGCACCAUGGUCAUCGUUCUGCCGCACUUUAUGGCGCCCCACUACCUAGAGGAGAGCCAAGAACGCAUGAGCUUGUGCCCGAGCAAAGGUGAAGAGGGGUCGUUGUGCGGCACACCAGAGGGCGACCUGCGUCGGUUCCGGUUCGUCUUCUGGGUGGGACACUUCAUCGUGGGUGCCGGCUCGUCGCCCAUGUACACGCUGGCCCUCAUCUACCUCGACGAGAACGUGCCUACCACCCUGUCCACCAAGUACAUAGCGACUUACCAGGCAACGUCACUCCUCGGAACGGCCACCGGUUUUGUGCUGUCGGGAUACAUGCUCAACGUCUACACCGAGGUUUCGUACGAUCCUUCGAGAUUGUAUUGA